AGGAGGAGGAAUCCACCUUACUUAAAUAGUUAGCGGAAAUCAAGGAGUAGUGUAUCGUAUCGAUACACACAUAAUUGAUAUGAGGGAAUAUAAAUGGUAUAAAGAUUAGUGACAAUAAAGAGUAUCAGUAGUAGUGUAACUAGAUACGACAUUAUUGGAAUGUCGGAGAUGAACCGUGCGUGAAAGUAACGGCUUAUCCACGACAAUUCUUGCAGCUCUGAAACAUCAUAAAAGCAGCAUAUUUUGAAUAUCGAAAAUAAGGGAUUAAACCUUACAAUCACUUAGACAGUUAAAUACAAAUGUCAUACUUCGAAUAUCAAAUAGAACGAUCAGUUGAGUUCUUCUUAAAAUUCAUAGAUGAUUCAAUUCUAGACUAUAACAUUAUGGAAGACGAGGCAAGAUUGGAGGGCAUGUUAACUGAAUAUGAUAAUUUAAGCAACGAUGAAAAAAACAAUAUAUCUGAAGGCCGUCCCAAAGAUCCUUAUGAAGAAGAGUUUCAAAAGUUAUGCUUUAUGUUAGGUGAUUUCACAGUGCUUAAGAAUAAAAGCUUAUAUUUUCACAUUGAUGAGGAUUAUGCUAGCUCUAAGCAAUUUACUGGUGAUUUGGAUCACAUUGCCCAAAAUGCAUAUACAAUCAUCGUUUGGAAAGUCGAAAAGCAUUACAACAGUUCACACAGUGAAAAUUAUAGAAGUAAUCUUUAUGAUUUAUUGAAAAAUAUUUUUAGAAUGUCGGUUACUUUUAAUAUCGGUUUAUCAACAAAACAAGAAAUUGAUUCUACAAGCUUCCCACGGAGAAGAGAGAUGCCAAAAGAUAGAGGGGGGGAUUUCACAGGUGGAAGUUUGUAUGAGAAAUAUGCCGAAGUUUACCCUUUCAUAAAGAAAGUUGAUUCCAAUAAUAUUAUCGAAUCGUCACUCAAUAAUAUGUUUAUCUCCAUUUCUGAUCUGUUAAAUAUGGGUAGAACAUAUAAUAUGUUCGUUCAAAUGAAUAGUUUUCAUUCGUGGCUCUUAUUCAUUGGUGCUGCAUAUGGACUUUAUUUGCACAAUCUUUCUUGUUUGUUCCAAUGUUAUGACAGUAAACUGGAUUUAACUAUAUUUAAAAAUUUAGUUGAUAACAGUAAUAAAAGGUAUAUGCAAUAUGUUGAUGCAUAUUUUGAGUUUGCAACCAAUACGAAGAUAUCUGUUAUGUAUACAGCUGAUCCAUUGAGU